CGGGCCUGACGGCGAGAGAUCGCGCUCGGGCCGGCCGGGCCCCGAGGCACUGGCGGGGCGGCGCGGCUCUGCGGAGAGCAGCCCUCGGGCGCGCCGAGCCCUCCCGCCCCAGCCCUCGCGGGGACCGUCCCGGAGCACGCGGUGGCCGAGUUCCCGCACAGUUCUAGCUGAUCAGUGCUCCCUGUGCCCUGGAAACCCGCUCUGCGUUCCUGCUGGAGGUGGCCGCCCCUCCGCCCCAGCCAAGAAGAGGCCCUCCCCAGGUCUCAGCGAGCCCUGAGAGGUAGCCCAGUCCAGAGCUCUUCCUCUGAUCCCGGUCCACUUCUCUAGGGCCAGUAGCAGACACCAGCCAGGAUGCCGAGGAACCAGGGCUUCUCUGAGCCCGAGUACUCGGCCGAGUACUCAGCCGAGUACUCCGUCAGCCUGCCCUCCGACCCUGACCGCGGGGUGGGCCGGACCCAUGAAAUCUCGGUCCGGAACUCGGGCUCCUGCCUGUGCCUGCCUCGCUUCAUGCGGCUGACCUUCGUGCCGGAGUCCUUGGAGAACCUCUACCAGACCUACUUCAAAAGGCAGCGCCACGAGACCCUGCUGGUGCUGGUGGUCUUUGCUGCCCUCUUUGACUGCUACGUGGUGGUCAUGUGUGCUGUGGUCUUCUCCAGCGACAAGCUGGCUCCCCUCGCCGUGGCUGGAAUUGGACUGCUGUUGGACAUCAUCCUCUUCGUGCUCUGCAAAAAGGGGCUGCUCCCGGACCGGGCCACCCGCAGAGUGGUGCCCUACCUGCUGUGGCUGCUCAUAACUGCCCAGAUCUUCUCCUACCUGGGCCUGAACUUCGCGCGUGCCCACGCGGCCAGUGACACCGUGGGCUGGCAGGUCUUCUUCGUCUUCUCCUUCUUCAUCACGCUGCCCCUCAGCCUCAGCCCCAUCGUGAUCAUCUCCGUGGUCUCCUGUGUGGUGCACACCUUGGUCCUGGGGGUCACUGUGGCCCAGCAGCAGCAGGAGGAGCUGAAGGGGAUGCAGCUGCUGCGCGAGAUCCUGGCCAACGUCUUCCUCUACCUGUGUGCCAUCGCUGUGGGCAUCAUGUCCUACUACAUGGCUGACCGCAAGCACCGCAAGGCCUUCCUGGAGGCCCGCCAGUCGCUGGAGGUGAAGAUGAACCUGGAAGAGCAGAGCCAGCAGCAGGAGAACCUCAUGCUUUCCAUCCUGCCCAAGCACGUGGCUGACGAGAUGCUGAAAGACAUGAAGAAAGACGAGAGCCAGAAGGACCAGCAGCAGUUCAACACCAUGUACAUGUACCGCCAUGAGAACGUCAGCAUCCUCUUUGCCGACAUCGUGGGCUUUACCCAGCUGUCUUCUGCCUGCAGUGCCCAGGAGCUCGUGAAGCUGCUCAACGAGCUCUUUGCCCGCUUUGACAAGCUGGCAGCUAAAUACCACCAGCUGCGGAUUAAGAUCCUGGGCGACUGCUACUACUGCAUCUGCGGCCUGCCUGACUACCGGGAGGACCACGCCGUCUGCUCCAUCCUCAUGGGGCUCGCCAUGGUGGAGGCCAUCUCGUAUGUGCGGGAGAAGACCAAGACUGGGGUGGACAUGCGUGUGGGGGUGCACACGGGCACCGUGCUGGGGGGCGUCCUGGGCCAGAAGCGCUGGCAGUACGAUGUGUGGUCAACUGACGUCACUGUAGCCAACAAGAUGGAGGCCGGCGGCAUCCCUGGGCGUGUGCACAUCUCCCAGAGCACCAUGGACUGCCUGAAAGGGGAGUUUGAUGUGGAACCAGGCGAUGGGGGCAGCCGCUGUGAUUACCUAGAAGAGAAGGGUAUUGAAACCUACCUCAUCAUUGCCUCCAAGCCAGAGGUGAAGAAAACAGCCACCCAGAACGGCCUCAAUGGCUCGGCCCUGCCCAAUGGAGCACCAGCUUCCUCAAAGUCCAGCUCCCCUGCCCUCAUUGAGACCAAGGAGCCCAACGGGAGUGCCCACAGCAGCGGGUCCACAUCAGAGAAACCCGAGGAGCAGGAUGCCCAGGCCGACAACCCCUCAUUCCCCAACCCGCGCCGGAGGCUGCGCCUGCAGGACCUGGCUGACCGAGUGGUGGACGCCUCCGAAGAUGAGCACGAGCUCAACCAGCUGCUCAACGAGGCCCUGCUGGAGCGAGAGUCUGCCCAAGUAGUAAAGAAGAGAAACACCUUCUUCCUGUCCAUGCGGUUCAUGGACCCCGAGAUGGAAACGCGCUACUCGGUGGAGAAGGAGAAGCAGAGUGGGGCUGCCUUCAGCUGCUCCUGCGUCGUCCUGCUCUGCACGGCUCUGGUCGAGAUACUCAUCGACCCCUGGCUAAUGACAAACUAUGUGACCUUCGUGGUGGGGGAGCUUCUGCUCCUCAUCCUGACCAUCUGCUCCCUGGCUGCCAUCUUUCCCCGGGCCUUUCCUAAGAAGCUUGUGGCCUUCUCGACUUGGAUUGACCGGACCCGCUGGGCCAGGAACACCUGGGCCAUGCUCGCCAUCUUCAUUCUGGUGAUGGCAAAUGUCGUGGACAUGCUCAGCUGUCUCCAGUACUACACAGGACCCAGCAACGCGACAGCAGGGAUGGAGACGAAGGGCGGCUGCCUGGAGAACCCCAAGUAUUACAACUACGUGGCCGUGCUGUCUCUCAUCGCCACCAUCAUGCUGGUGCAGGUCAGCCACAUGGUGAAGCUCACGCUUAUGCUGCUUGUCGCGGGCACCGUGGCCGCCAUCAACCUCUACGCCUGGGGCCCCGUCUUCGAUGAAUACGACCACCGGCGUUUUCGGGAGCAUGACAGCUUACCUAUGGUGACCUUAGAGAAGAUGCAGGGAUUCACCCCUGGGCUCAACGGCACUGACGGGCUGCCCCUGGUGCCUUCCAAGUACUCCAUGACGGUGAUGGUGUUCCUCAUGAUGCUGAGCUUCUACUACUUCUCCCGCCACGUAGAAAAACUGGCACGGACACUUUUCUUGUGGAAGAUUGAGGUCCACGACCAGAAGGAACGUGUCUAUGAGAUGCGACGCUGGAACGAGGCCUUGGUCACCAACAUGUUGCCUGAGCACGUGGCACGCCAUUUCCUGGGGUCCAAGAAGAGAGAUGAGGAGCUGUACAGCCAGACGUAUGAUGAGAUUGGAGUCAUGUUUGCCUCCCUGCCCAACUUUGCUGACUUCUACACAGAGGAGAGCAUCAACAAUGGCGGUAUCGAGUGUCUGCGUUUCCUCAAUGAAAUCAUCUCGGAUUUUGACUCUCUCCUGGACAAUCCCAAGUUCCGGGUGAUCACCAAGAUCAAAACCAUUGGCAGCACGUAUAUGGCAGCUUCAGGAGUCACCCCUGACGUCAACACUAAUGGCUUUGCCAGCUCCAACAAGGAGGACAAGUCUGAGAGAGAACGCUGGCAGCACCUGGCUGACCUGGCCGACUUUGCGCUGGCCAUGAAGGAUACGCUCACCAACAUCAACAAUCAGUCCUUCAAUAACUUCAUGCUGCGCAUAGGCAUGAACAAAGGCGGGGUUCUGGCUGGGGUCAUCGGAGCCCGGAAACCACACUACGACAUCUGGGGCAAUACGGUCAAUGUAGCCAGCAGGAUGGAGUCCACGGGGGUCAUGGGCAACAUCCAGGUAUGUCCAGCAGCAGAGCCGGCGCGUGCUCAGACUCGGCAUAGGAACAGAAUCGGAACAGUGCUUUCCCAUGUGCCCGCCUCCCACCCUGGCCCCGAACAGUUAAGUCCACAGGCAGAGGCAUGGGGUGAGUGGAAAGGAGUCUCUGCAAUAGCUAGCCUCAGCGCAGGAGGAAACGCUCCCACCCAUCCACAAAAUCUGGGCUGAAGUUCUGGGUGCGUAUGGCCUGCCUCUGGGUAUGAACCUUCCGAUACCUUGUGAUCUGUCUCAGUGGGGUCUGGCAGAAGAGCUCCACAAAAGGGGCAAAGGGAUACAAGAGCAGGCAGUGGCAGUUUCCAGGCAACAGUGCUGCCACCCAGGUGACAAUGGCUGUCCUAGGAGAGAAGUCUCUGGGCGAGAGGAGGCCCCCAGCCACUCACUCCAGGGCUCUCCUGCCCACCCGCUGCUCACUGGGGGUGGAAGGAAGGGCUUGGCCCUGGGAGGUUUGGGAAGGGUGCUGAGGGCCCUGUACUGCCUGGGACCCAUGGAUCAGUGCUCAGCUCCAACCACCCAAAGCCCCACCCGCCCUCAGUCUAGGCUCCCCCAGUAACGCCACAUUCUUGCUCCCCAUCCCUCUACAGGUGGUAGAAGAAACCCAAGUCAUCCUCCGAGAGUACGGCUUCCGCUUUGUGAGGCGAGGCCCCAUCUUUGUGAAGGGGAAGGGGGAGCUGCUGACCUUCUUCUUGAAGGGGCGGGACAAGCCAGCCGCCUUCCUCAACGGCCCCUCUGUCACACUGCCCCACCAGGUGGUAGACAACUCCUGAACAGCCUCGAGCCUGCAACAGUCCAAACCGGAAGGGAGAAUUUAUUUUUUGGAACUGAAGGAAGUCCUGGCCUUCCUGGAUUGAAGUGCACACUCGCGGACUUUAGGUUUAGAAAUCUCCUCAGCCUUCGUUUGUUCAUGGAUGUGUGAACUCUGAGGGCGGCCCUGCUAUUCCUCCAUGUGCCUGUAGCGUCCCCAGCGCAGGGGUCUUAGGCGUAGGGCUGAACAGUCCUUCCAGAGCCCUCGUUCCAAUCCCUGCCAUUCUUGCCCCUGUGGGGCCCUGGCCACUGUGAGCAGGAGGGUGGCAGAGCUGGGACGAAGUGGCCUUUGCCAGUGGGCUGACUGGGACUGUGGAGGGAACACAGGCGGGGAAGCUCUGCUUCAGACGGGGCUUGGUGGGGCGGGACAUGGCUGGCAAACGUUUUGCUCCCAUUCUGAAGGUAGGUCAAGCAGGAUACCUGGUGGUCUCCAUGUGGUCCAAGUGAGGUGAGAUGGCCCUCGUCCUGGUGUUCCUCAUCAUCUUGAAAGGUUCUUCUGGAACCCCUGUCCCCUUAGUCAUGAGAGCAGAAAGUGCAAUAUUUCCUUUCACCUGGCAGGGGAGGGGGGGUUUAUUUCUGAAAGAAAAAUAUAUAAACAGAUCUUCUACAUUUAUAUUUUUAAUCUUCUGUUAAAUACACUCCGACAUUGCCUUGCCUUUUGAGCUCUUGCUACAGUCGCCUUUGCUACUGCUUUAAGAGAAUUUACAGGUAUUGAUAAAGAACAAGACUGUUUUAUUAAAAGCUUUAUUCAACUUGAAA